AUGCAUAUCUCUCAAGAUGAGCUGGAUGCAGAAAUCAUCGCAUCACAGGUCCAACUUCCAUGUGGAAUUCGAGUUCAAAACCGCCUUGUCAAGGUUGCAAUGUAUGAACACUUGGCAAAACUAGGGUCUGGACCUCCUAAUUAUCGGCACCUCGCGCUUUACUCUACCUGGGCCCAAGGCGGAUGGGGCAUGAUUAUCACCGGCAAUGUCCAAGUCGCCCCAGACCAUCUUGGUCUUGGUGCCGAUCUCUGCAUACCUCGUCUCGGAUCUCAGUACGACAUUGCACCGUGGACGCAACUAGCAAUUGCAAGCCAUGCUUGUCCGUCAAAUGAGCAGCCGGCAGUCGUAAUCAUGCAGCUUUGUCAUGUGGGUCGACAGUCACCUCGCUUCAUUGGGGGUAGGUGGCCUUGGUCGCGUCCUUUGGCUCCCAGCGCGAGGAAAGUCGGCGAUAGCCUCUCGGAGCCUUUCAUUUCAAAAGCUCUCUACUGGGCCUUGUUCCAGGAGCCAAAGGUCAUGGAUGAAACAGACAUAGAAAUGGCGAUAGAGCAGUUUGUAUUCGGUGCGAAAAUCGCUUUAGAGGCAGGUUUUGACGGCGUCCAACUCCAUGGGUCGCACGGUUAUCUCAUCACUCAAUUUAUAUCACCAAAGACGAAUCAGCGGACCGAUGCGUACUCGAAUCCCCUUCAUUUCCUACACAGAAUCGUCAAACGAAUCCGUGCAAUUGUUCCGCCGACAUUUAUCCUUUCUGUGAAGUUGAAUGCUGCGGAUUAUGUCGAGGGUGGCUUGACUGAAGAUCAAAGCCUCGAACACAUCAAGGAGAUAGCAGCGUGGCAAAUGUUUGACAUGAUAGAGAUUAGUGGCGGAGAUUAUGAGAAUCCUGGUAUGCGCUUCUCUACUAUCUGGAUCCCUUCGCUUGACGUCGCUCCUUUAGAAUUCAUGGCUUCCAAACGUCAAGCCUUUUUCUCGCAGUUUGCACGGCUUGCGAAUGAAGCAGUAUCCAAGCCCCCCAAACUUCUAGUAUCCAACUCGUAUAAGCCGCCUCUUAUCCUGUUGACGGGCUCGCUACGAGGGCGAUCAUCUAUUGCGGCCGUGCUCCACAACCAACACGCCUCACUCAUAGGCCUCGCCAGACCAUCUGUCGUACUCCCAGACUAUCCACGCUACCUCAUGGACUCUAGUUGCCCCUCGGCCCACGUCCCAACUCCCUUCGAACCAACCUUGCCCAAGCUGUCCAUUUCAAAACUAGCAGGCGCCAGUGUCAAUACCAUGUGGUACUGUUAUGAGAUGGGUCGACUUUCCCACCUGGGUAGUUCUGCAUACCGGCCAUCAAAGGUACCUGCGCUGUGGCGCGUCGUACAUUGUUACCUGACCGCGUUAUUUCUAUGGCUGCUCCACUGGUUUCGAGCUAUAUAG